UUGUGCAUUUCCCCACUCAUCUCUGAUAUGUAGAGUCCAGCAUAAUCUUUCCAACCUGACUUUAGGACUAGUUACUGGCACAUCUCAUUGGAGGAGUCCAGAGGAGUCAGCCAUAAGGAAAGGAUGGAAGGACUCUUCUCUGAUAACACUACGAUCGUUUUCCUUCUAUGUAGGUUUCGUGCUGCUGACUUCGGUGUGCAAGGCGCAUUAGUUAACAAUAAUAAAUAGUAUAACUUAAUAUACCGACAUGGAAAAAACAGAAAGGAAGAAGCGGACGUCAAAUUUCACUGAGGUGGAAAAAAUUAUGUUGGUUGAUUUAAUCAACGAAAAAAAGCAUGUAAUAGAAAAUAAAGUAACAAACAGUGCAACUAUCAAGGAAAAAGAAAAAUGUUGGGAGGAAAUAACCAAUAAAUUUAACAGUGCCUCUACUUUCACAUAUCGAGAUACGCAGGUAUUGCGAAAUUGUUGGGACAAUAUCAAAAAACGAAAAAGAAAAUACUUCGCGGACGGAAGAAAAGAAGUGUUAAAAACGGGAGGCGGACAGUAUCAUUUUGAAGACAAUUCAUUGGCCAGCAAAACAAGAGAAAUCAUCAGGUCAUCAGUGGAUGGAAUGUUCAAUGAUGUUGACAGCGAUUGUAUUUCAUCAGCCAUCGAUAAAGAGAACAUGUCACCAUCUGAGGAUAUAUCGUUCCGAGAAGCAGGAAUGAAUGAAACCGUUGUGAUCGAUUCACUUGAUGAUUCCAAGGAAUAUGAAGUAGAAUACCUUCCAGAAUACGAACAUAUAUGUUUACGAACCAAUGAAAAAGAGAUUGAUCCGACAAUGAAUGCCCUUGAAGUGAAAGUAUCUGCAGGCGAAAAAGCAUCAAAUCCGUCAACAUCAAUUGAUGAAAACAAAUCGACAGUACAAAGGAAUCUGAUUAGAAAGAACCAGCAGUUGCAAAGAAAAUUAAAUCGUUUUUAUAAUACGACGGUACCAAAAACGACCAGAGAAUCCAGCAACAAAAAAAUCGCUCAAUUUACUAAAUUAACUGAAUCAAAAAUAACAUUAAGUGAAAUUCUGGCAAAAAAUGAAACAGAAAAACACUCCAUUGAAAUGGCGAUUGCUGAAAAAACAUUGAUUCGUGAGAAACUAGAAAUAGACGUUUUAAAAACAGAAUUAGAAAUAAAAAAGACCAUCUUAAUGCGGGAAAAAUCUAAAAAUGCCAUGUUGGGAAUAAUAAAUAAAACAGAAUAAAGAUAAAAUUACACAAAUCGUCACUGCUUUAUUCAUUAAAACCUUUCUCAAUAUUUGUUACUUAUUAUAAAUCAUAGGUUCUCAAAUUUUUACAAAACAAUAAUUUCCAAAAUCAAUUUUAUGCACAAUUCAAUCUUCUGGUGAAUGUCCUUGAAUUCCUUCUAUUACUUAUAAUUCGAAUUAUGAAGUGUCGACUUGAUUCCGGGCUUUUACAACCUGUGAAGAAGCAAAUAUUAUUAUAUCAUUGGAAUAAAUACAAUUUGUAAUUUUAAGAAAACUAUGUCGUCACUAUUACUGAAAUAUCUAUGUUAACACACUGAACACUUUUUUGUACUGGAAUCGAAUAUUAUUUAAGAAAAUAAAUGGAAUUUUUAUACA